AUGAAGCAGUUCCUCUCUGCUCAUCUUACCUCCAGGCAACUUCCGCAACUGUCACGGUCAGAAGCACCACUACUCGAACAAGCUUCCAAACCAUUGCUGCCCCCCCCCGAAACCAUCUCAACUUCGGUUGAAGAGACUACCACUGUUUCCAAGACUAAUGUCGAGGUUGUUAUUCCUCCGAUUCCGACCGUGACUAUCACUAGAACUCUCAGCGUCUCGACUGUCCAUCUCUACCGACCCAAUCAGAAACGCGAGGCUUCCCUCGAUACCGUGCUUGCUAGCCUGGAGAAGAAAUACUCAAAGUCUGCAGUGACUGCUGGUUGCAGCUGA